CGUGGGAAUCGGCCAAUGAGCGCUGGGGGGAGCUGUGGCGGGGUUGAUGAGGCCAAGAUGGAGUCGGUAGCUCUGGUGGCGCCGGUGACGGCGCUGGAGUUCGCGGGGGAUGUGCUGCUGGCGGGUACAGGCCCCGAGGUGGUGGCGUUUCGGCUGAGCGGCGGCGGGCCAGCGGCGGCGGCGGGCCGGCGGAGCGUGCUGCGUGAGGCCAGCGUGCAGGGGCUGCGGGCCGAGCCGGGGCCCGGGCCGGCGGCGCGAGUAGCGGUCUUCGGCGGGCGCUGGCUGGCAGUGCUGGCGGUGCGGCGCGGCGGAGCGGGCGGUGGGCCGCUGCUGGCGGCGUGCGGCGGCGGGACCGCGCGCGAGCUCAGGGCGCGGGUUUGGGAAGUGCGGUGGGCGGCGGGCGGGCGGCUAGCGCUGGCGCUGGGCGGCGGGACCGUGGCGCUCUACGAGUGGUGGGGCGGCGGGCGCUGGCUGCAGCAGGCGAGCUGCGGCGGGGCCGGGGCGCUGCGCUGCGCCGUGCUGGCGGGAGUGAGCUGGGGGCGGCUGGCGCUGGCGGCCGGCACGGCCACGGGGAACGUGGUGGUGUGGCGGGCGGCGGAGGCGACGGCCCCGCAGCGUCAGCUGUGCGGGCACCGGGGCGCGGUGCUGGCGCUCUGCUACGCGGCGUCGCGGGGGCUGCUCGCCUCCGCCUCCGAAGACCGCAGCGUGCGGCUUUGGGCCGUGGGCGAAUUGGGCGGCGGGGAUGGGGCCGGCACCUGCCUGCUGGUGUGCUACGGGCACGGGGCGCGAGUGGCCGCCGUGGUGCUGCGGGGGCCGCUCCCGGUCAGCGCCGGGGAGGACGGCGCCUGCCUGGAGUGGGGCGGCGGCGGUGGCGUGCGGCGGGCGCGGCGCGGGCACCGCGGGGCCCUGCGCGCCCUGGCCCUGCGCCCCGCUGGCGGCCGCGUGGCGACGGGCGGCGACGACGGCGGCGUCCGGCUCUGGCAGCCCCGGCGGGAGGCUGCGGAGGCGGUCCCCGCGGUUGCGGCGCUGGGGGCCCGGGAGCGGCCGCGGGCCGUGCUGCUGGUGGGGCCGCGGCGGGUGCUGGUGCUGGACGAGGCUGGCGGGCUGGCGGCAUUCGAGGUGGCUCAGGGGUGCUGGACGCCGGUGCUGCACCCUGCCGCCAGCGGGCCCCGCGCCGUGCUGGCGGCCGCCCCGCUGCGCGGAUGGGACGAGACGCUCUGCGCCGUGGCCGGCGGCGAUGGGCGCCUUCUCCUUUUCGCCUUGAGCCGCCCCGGGGCCGCCACCAAGCUCACGCUGUUCAAGGGGGCCGUGCACGGACUGAGCUGGGCCUCCCGUCCCGGGCUGCCCCCCGACACCGCUGCUGCUCUUCUGGCCUCUGGUCCCGACGGGGAGAUGCUCUGGCUGGACGUCACCCACCGCCCUGGGCAGGCACCCUGGGUGCGGCUCAUGGGUCGGUACCUGCUGCCUCCCUGCAAGCAGCGCUGGCACACCUGUGCCACCUUCUUGCCCCAGGAAGGGCUCCUGGUCUGUGGGGACCGCCGGGGCUCCCUCCUCCUCUUCCCUUGCAGCAGCUCCUCGGGGUGGGCUGCAGAAAGCACCAGCACUGUCAACGAUGUCACUGACCCCAUUGUUGAGGACUCCAGCAAUGAGCUGGAGUCCUCUUGCUUGUUGCACAAAGAGGCUCUUCCUCUUGAGUCCCCACUGUCAGUGCUCUUUGGACUCCAUGGGAAGACAGGAGUUACCUCGGUGACCAUCCACAGGGGCUGCAUUUACAGCACAGGCCGGGAUGGUGUCUACCGCCAGCUCCGCCUGCAGGACCAGCAGCUGGAGGUCCUGCAGAAGCACAGGCCCUGCAAAGGGCUGCAGUGGAUUGAGGAGCUGCACUUCACCUCGGAUGGGGACCUGCUUGUGCUGGGCUUUCACGCUGACAACUUUGUGGUGUGGAGCAGCAGGACCAGUGAGAACAUCCACUGCAUCCCUUGCGGUGGUGGGCACCGCUCCUGGAGCUACUGCAGCAGCCCCUUGGCCGAGGUGUUCGCCUUUAUCAAGUCUGGGGAUGUGAUGCUGUACCACCGUGAGGCCGAGCCCUGUGAGCAGCAAGUGCUGCUGGCAUCCCUGCACGGGCGGGAGAUCACCUGCGUGAGGCGCCUGGGGGCCGUGGAGGUGCCCAGCCAGGCCACCGUUAACGUGUUUGUCACCGGCAGUGAGGACACCACGACCUGUGUUCUGGCGCUCAGUGAGAACUCUCGCGCAGCUGUGCCCCUUGCCCGCCUCAGUGACCACAUUUCCAGUGUGAGGACGUUGGCAUUUGCCAUGGGACCUGGACAUGGGGGCUUUGGUGAUGAGGGCUUGUCUGCCCUGCUCUUCUCUGCAGGUGGCCGUGCACAGAUCGAGUGCUACCGGCUUCUGUGCUCUGGUGACACAGCGGCUCAGAGUGCUGUGGCCUGCCAGGUCAUGCACGUGGCCUCCCACCGGCUGGACAAGCACUGGGAGCAGAAGAAGAACAGGCACAAGCUUGUCAAGAUGGACCCAGAGACGAGGUACAUGUCCCUGUCAGUUGUGCCUGGGACGAGCACCAAGCAGCUGCCAACACCCUGGAAAUUCCUGGCUGCUGCCUGCAGCGAUGGAUCAGUCCGGAUCUUUGGGCUGCUGGAGGCUGCUCGGAAGUUGGUGCUGGUGGCAGAGUCAUUUCACCAUCAGCGCUGUGUGCUGAAAGUGGAAGCAUUCCUGCACACAUGGGCUGGAGGAGAGAGGAGGUACCUCCUGUGCAGUGCAGCCACUGAUGGCAGCAUUGCCUUUUGGGACAUCACCGGCCCCAUCAUGGAUGCGGCAGAUGCCCUGCACCAAGCAGAGGGAGAGAUGCAGCCCUUGGCCCUGGAGGCCCCGCUGGUCACGGUCAUGGCCCACAGCUGCGGUGUGAACAGCCUUCACAUCCACGAGACACCCGAGGGACGGUACCUGGUGGCCAGCGGCAGUGAUGAUGGCUCCAUCCAUGUCUGCCUGCUGGAGGUAGCCCUGGGCAGGGGUGAGGCCAUGGCAGGGACCUGCCUGCAGGUCCUGGAGCGGGUGUCCAGGCCCUGUGCCCAUGCUGCCCAUGUGACGGGGAUCCGGGUGCUGCGGCCAGACCUGCUGCUCUCUGCCUCAGUGGACCAGCGCCUGACGCUGUGGAACCGCUGCCCAGGCGAGUUGGUGCCCCUCAGCACCACUUUCUUCCAUGUGCCUGACCUAGCCGAGCUGGACUGCUGGGAGGUGGUGGAGGCCGGGGGCGAGCUGAGGUUCUACUGUGUGCUCUGUGGGCAGGGCCUGGAGAUGCUGUGUGGCACAGCCUCCUCCAAACCUCCUCCACAAGAGGCUCCUCAGUAAUGGGGCAGGUGUGUGACACUUCCAGGUCCCCACAUGAAUUCGGAGGGCACCCUGCGCUUGGGCUUUGCCCAUCACUGUGGUCCCUGCCGCCGGCCUGCACACUCGUGUGUCUUGUCCUGAGGGGACAGGCAUAUUUUGCUCCUUUAGGCACAUGCCAGUUGUGCUCGAGGCCAGUGGUCUCUGGGAAGAAGGCAGAUGUGAUCCCUCCGGACAAGCCUAGGGCCUUCCCCAGGCAGUAAAGAAGUGGGUCUGUUAGCCCCCACUGCCCAAGAGCAGCUCUUCCUCUGCAAGGUGUGAAAGACCCAUGUCAGCUUUCCAGUCUUGGUCUCAGAGAGGAACCUUGCUUGGGAGGGCACUGAAGAUAUGGCCCAGCCCUGGGAGCUUGAGAGCAGCAGGAGGCCAGGAAGGGUCAGGGACUGGUGUGACACAUGGUGGGCUGCAGCUUUGUGUGUCCACAGACAGAGAGUCCUGUGUGACAGUCCUGACCCUGCAGAGCUGAGGAUGGUGCUGAAAUGCACAGGGACGCUGAUCCUCCACAGCAGCACCCUUCUGGCAUGGGGGGUGGCUGGGCUGCCCACAAAUACCACCCCCCUCAGGCCAAGUGGGUUUUCCCUGCAUUAGCAGCAGGACCCAGGACAGUCAGGGAAGAAAGGAAGGAAGGACAAACAACAUGAGGUUAGACACAUAGAGGGGUUGUCCAGCAACAAGUGUAUUGGACCCCAAUACUGGGGUGUGGCUCAGAGCCCAACAGGAACCAGGAGUCUGAGGAGCUCCCUGCCAGCAUGGAGCACCUUUCAAUAAAGUUUUGAGGGAAGUGAA